CAUUUAGUUAUGCUAAAACAUAUGUUUUAUCGUAAGUUGAUCACAUUAUUAUCUAUAUAUAGAAUUCUCAAUUGUAGGUUUGCAUAAAUGAAUACGGAAUAAUGUUGCUUAAGGAAACGUCAGCAUUUAUACUAGUAUUGAUUGUGGAUAUGGUAUUUACUGAAUGCUCUGUUGGCUGUCAAUCAUGCUCUGGUUCCACAUGCACAGGUUGUGAAUCAUCUUACUUUUUAUUAAAUGGCCAUUGUUCACAAUGUCCUCAAGAUUGUGAAAGAUGUAACAGCUUCGAUGACUGUACGUUAUGUAAGCCAAAUAAAUAUGGUUAUAGAUGUACACUCAACUGUGAUGAUAACUGUCUAAAUAGUGAAUGUCAAGAUGAUACUGGAUUUUGUACUCAAUGUAAGGCUGGUUUCUAUGGAACUAAAUGUCAACUCAAUUGUAGUUUAUGUGAAAACGAACGUUGUGAUUUACGUUAUUGUUCGAGUGGUUGUAGAGAUGGAUAUUAUGAGUAUAAAAUCGGUGUCGAUACACUAUGUUUAAACUGUCCGACAAAUUGUAAACAUUGUAUGGAUGGGAAAACAUGCUAUACUUGCAAUAAUGGUUUUCAGCUAUAUAAGUUUAAUGUAAAUGUUCACUGUGUGUCAUGUUUCCAAGAAUCGUCAUGUCCGGUAUGUAGUAUUCAAGGUUGUAACCAGUGUCAAUUACGCAAUAGUACGUUAGUCUGCGCUGAUUGUCCAGACGGACAAAUAUUCAAUGGUAAUACAUGCGAACCAGACAAAUCACUAUGCCAAGAAGGAUGUUCUACGUAUUGUAAUAGUACUGGAAUAUGUCAUGGAGAAUGUAAUGAGGGAUGGACUGGUGUAAAAUGUUCCGAAAAAUGUAACAUCAAAUGUUUAAAGUGCUCCAAAGAUAACGGAAAUAUUUGUCUACUGUGUAAAGGUAAUUUUUACUCAACCGAUUGCAAUUUAGCCUGCAACGCUGCAUGCUUUGUAAUAAAUGGUAAACAUACAUGUGAACAGGCAGACGGAUAUUGUUUAAACGGAUGUAACCAAACAUUUUGGGGCGAUACGUGCGAAAAACAUUGUCCUGGGGGAUGUAAUUCACAUAUAUGUGAUAGAAACAACGGUAUGUGUACGAAUGGAUGUAAGGACGGAUUGGCUGGAAAUAAUUGUACCCAAACUACCACGACCGAGACAACAACUAAUCAAACUUUAACUAAUGGUACACAGAUGGCAGUACAAGACAGCAACGAACUUAUCAUAGGUGCAUCAGCAGGAGGAGGUGUUCUAAUCUUGAUACUGAUCAUAGUGGGAGUUUGUUUGUUAAGACGAAGAAAGAAAUCGUCAAGAGAAGAAUCCGAUCAACAUGAGGUAGUUCUUGCAGAAGAUCAUAAUGUGUACUCAAAACCAACGAAAAAACCGGCAGCAGUUGAAGAAAGUCAGGAUUACAUAUAUGCACAACCUAACAAACCACACAAGCUCAAGAAACCUAGUACGCGGGAAAUUAGCAAACCAAAGACAAUGUCUGAUAACUUUGCCAGGGAUUUAGAUAAUAAAACAACUGUCUCAGAUAGUGCCUAUGCGACUAUCACUAUUGAUAGAGAUUCUGAAAACAAAACAGAAGAAGAAACCGAUGUUGAUGAAAUAGAGUUAGAGGAAAUAGAUGAAGGAAAUUCUAAACUUAUCGAAAUAGAAAUAAAUCCACCGAGUGCUGAUUUAUAUUACAAUACAGCAAGUUUGAUCCGAAGCCGAAUUCAAAUAUCUGAUCUACUUGAAUACAUCAGGAAAAAGACUGACUAUGAAGAUGAGUUUGAGAAACUUCCCAAAGGCUUGACAAGGACUUGUGACGAAGCUCUAACGCGGUUUAAUCGCAAAAAAAAUAGAUACAACGGAGUAUAUGCAUAUGAUGCAACUCGUGUUGUCUUAAAAAGUAAAACUUACAUCAACGCAAAUUACAUUGAUGGACACAAGAAGUCACCAGAGUACAUAGCUUCUCUUGGACCAACCAAGGAUGCAAUGAAUGCUUUCAAAGACUUUUGGGAGAUGAUAUGGGAAGAAAAAACAGAUAAAAUUAUUAUGUUGACCAAUCUAGAUGAGUCUGGGAAAAUGAAAUGUGAGCAGUACUGGCCAGAUCAAGGGAAAACUAAGAAUUACCAUGGAUACAAAGUGGUGUGCAUUGCUGAGAAAAUAUUUUCAGAAUUUACUAUAAGGGAGUUUUCUGUGCAGGGUUCUGGAUCGAGGAAAGUGACACAAUAUCACUACACCGCUUGGCCUGACCGAUCCGUUCCAGAUAAUGUUGCCUCUCUGGUAGAAUUUAGGAACAAAGUUGGACAAACAAAGUCAGACGAUGCUGGCCCUAUAGUGGUACACUGCAGUGCAGGAAUCGGAAGAACUGGAACCUAUAUCGCAUUGGAUACACUUAUACAGGAAGGCAAGAAUGAUAAUUAUGUUGACAUUUUUGGUCGUGUGAUGGCGCUACGUGGACAAAGAGGCCACAUGGUGCAAAACUUGGAACAGUAUAUAUUUCUUCACCGAUGUCUUCUGUAUGCCCUCACGUGCGAUCCCGAUCCACUUCCGGUCACACAUAUUCCUCGUUUGAUGACAGAUGAUAAAAUAUCACAUCAAUUUCAGACAUUUACUGAUGUUGUUAUGCCGACAGACUUCGAUGGGAAAUCAUCUAGGAACAAGAAAAUAAGGAAGGAAAAUAGACACGGAGCUGACAUUCCUGGCGAUGAUUACAGAGUGAGACUGUCAUCAACAAAGCAUGACUAUAUAAAUGCUGUUUAUGUAAAUGGAUACGAAAAUCCAUACAAAUUUAUUGUUACACAGACGCCAAUGCCGAAUACAGUUGAAGACUUUAUAUCGAUGCUUUAUCAAGAAAAAUGUGCUUGCAUCAUUAAUUUAGACGACGAAAACCUGAAAGAUAAAUCUGUCGGACAAUAUCUACCGCAAGAUGGAAAGGCGUUCAAAGUUGGACAUUUCCAAGUAGCUUGUAAGACGGUUGACACAACGGAUUAUGGUACAAUACGGGACAUGACAAUAUCACGCACUGGACUGCACCUUUCUGGAGGAGAGCUACAUUUGAAACAUUACCAGUAUAACGGAUGGAAUCAGUCAGAAAAAGUCCCAUCUAUGGUUGAGCCGUUUUUAAAGCUGGCCAAGGAUGUUGAGAAUGAGGUCAAAGGUCAAAGAGAAGAUAGACCAAUCGUAGUUCAUUGUUUGACUGGAGCUGAACGAAGUUGUUUAUUUUGUGCUGUCUCUGUUAUAUCAGAAAAGUGUUUCUUUGAGAAAGAAAUUAGUGUCCUGAAUACCAUUUGUCAACUGCGAUCAAGGAGGAAGUCAGCUUUUACCGACAUUGCACAAUUCAGGUUUUGUUACCAACAUGUAAAAUAUCUUGCUGAGAUUUCCGACAAGAAGAAAUACUAUAAUAUGAACGAGCUGUUAUGAACAAUGGUUGAAGAUAUUCGUCUUUAUGGUCAAUUAAUUACUUGCCCAUUGUCCAUUUUUUUACACAAAUAUGACACUUGUUUCAAGGCUGAAAAUGCUAAUAGUUUUUUUUUUUGCAAAAGCUUUUUUGUGUGUCCUCUUGCAAUCUCCGAAAAGACAUAUUACUCAUUGGCCAUGCAUAAAGUUGAGCCAUAAUGUUUUAGUGUUGUUUUGGCAAGAAAUCAGUUAUAGUCUUUUGGUAUUUUAUUCGAAAAUCAAAAUGCAAUUUUGGUUACAUUUUCCUAACCUAUAUUUAAAGAAUAUUUCACCUCUUCGAGCACCGUUUUCUUCAGGUGAUAUGCAUCUUACAUGUUCUUAAUUCAAUUUUACAACAUAACAAUGCCUUUUCUUCGUUUAUCAAUAUAUAGGACAUUUACACUGUACAGUACUGUGAAGUUUUGAAAUAUUGUUAUAACGGUUUUCUUACAACUUUUUGUUUAAUUAUCUAAAGUCGCACGUUUUUUGUAAUUUUCGAUGCAUUUAGCGAACAGUAUACAUUUGUGUGCUUAAUAUAAACAUUUUGAUUUUAUUUUACUAUGUGCUCGUCAUAUUAUUUUAUUAAUGAAAAACAUGAUACUUAUUUUCUUACUGAAUAUUUAAAAGUAUAUAAUUCAAUAAUAUAAUAUAAGACUUCACAUUUUAUGCAAGUUAAUUGUCAUGUUCGGGAUUUGACAUGAUAUGCUUGGAAAGACUUACAUAUACUACAAUGAAUCUAGUAAUGAUAUAAGAAACUGGCAAAACAAUAACUAUUUUUAAAUACUGCAUCUUAAUAAAGUAUGAAUUAGUAUAUUAAUAAUGAUAAACAAAUUAAAUUAUGAUUGAGAUAAAAUAAUGUUUUUCUUUAAAGAAAAAUAAAUAUAUGUGAACCAAUAUUUUGAAGAAAUAGCUGCCUUUUACAAAAAUAUUAUCUAAGCAAAAUAUAAUUAUGUGUGCUUUCUAGUAGUGCUUUUCUGAUAUAGUAUAGCUGAUAUAGCAUAAAUUACAAACUAAAGUCUUUUAAAGCAUGUUUUCUUAACAAGUAGCUCAUAUUGUGAAAAGAUAUAAUGCUAUCAUAGCCUUUCUAACUGAGCUUUAAAGAGUAUGCUUUUAGUUAAUAAAUUAUGAUAAUCAAAACAUAAUAAUAAUCAAAACAUACAUUUGUACAUAAAUAUCUUUAUAGAAGAUGUUUGUACACUUGAGCUUUUAUAAACUGGAUUCAAAAAGUUAAUAAUAUUAAUAUAAAAAACUACAUGUAAUUAAGCCUGUCAAAAGUUUAUACUAUUCCACCGUUUAUACAACAUAGGUCUAUUAUCUGUCCAAGAGUUGUAUAUAAUAACGUCUCUCCAAUAACAGGUUUUUUUACAUAAAAAUGGUAUAUAGAUUAUAGUUUUUUUUUUCAACACAGAUCUUCAUCUUCCAAUAGGUUAUCAUUGAUAUCCUUACCAAUACAGGUUAAUAAACUAUAGAUAUUUUCAACAUGUGUCUAGAAAAUACAGACAAUUCAAUUCAGAUGUAGACUGUAGCCCUUUUACUACUGUUUUGUUAUCCUUAUAAUUAUUUUUAUUAACGAGAAUCUUUAUAUAUAAGUUUAUAAACUAAAGCUUCUUCUGAGUGAGUACUUUGCAGAUAUAGUUCUAUAGUUGAUCUCGAACUAAAUGGCUUUAUUUAUUCAACACAUACAUUGACAUUUAAAACUAAAAAUUUUUUUUAUACAUUCAACCAGUGGUGCUCAAUAUUAGUUUUUAAUUCGUUAUCCUAUUACUUAUUAAGUAUACGUUUUGCUUUUACUUUUACAUAUUAUUGUUACACUGAUGUCUGUUUUAAUUGUUAGCUUUGUAAUAUUCAAACUUUAUUAAAUUUAU